UCCUUACGAUAAUAAAAGUGGAAAUUCCCCAGCCUUCUACUGGAAACACCUGUGAACAGGAUGUACCUAAAAGGUACAAAAGCGGAAGAACCAUGGCAAAUCAGAAACUGCCGUCUCGAUUUCCGCACUCUCGUAUAUUCUGCGCCGCGCAACAUGAAAAUUGGAACAGCUCUGCUUUAGCCGCCAAGGAAAAUAACAAACUAAAAAAAUCUCCUGCAUUCUUGCUUGUCGCCGCAAGCCACGAGUAUCGUGACACGAGGCGGCGAUACGAAUCCAUUUUUGUGCUUGCGAUAAAGAAUGUAGCAAAACGGGGGUGAUGCAUAUAAACACCAUGUGGCAUUGUUUCAGUAAUAAAGCACUCGCACUAUGGCUUCGGCAUGGUAUCUGAAGUGCGUGCAGCGAACGGACCUAGCGCCAGACACCUGGUCGAUACCCUGGAACAAGCAUCGAAACUCGUUAGUGAUCUCCACAGGAAACACAAUGUUGAGAAUUGCGACCUAGACAGGGUUGCUCUGUACAUGUUUUCCUUUGCUGAUGCAGCUUUACACGGCGUAAGAAGUGGACGAUUUGCUCGAAUAUUUCUUUUGGAUCGUCGGUUCCGCUUACGCUGUUCCCCAGAACGGGGUCGCUGUGGUCACAGAAUCGUUGACUCUGUGCGUCGCAAAGAAAUCCUGCUGGCCAUGGAAUGUGCAGAGUGUCACAAAUGAUUUUUCGGGAUCGGCUGGAAGCAGGUACUGUAAAAUCGAUUUGCGUUUCUUCUUGAGUGGUCUACGGACCGUGUUCGAUUAGCUCCCCCUCUACAAGGUUUGUGGCGUUCGUGUACGGCUUAACUUCUGUUCCGUGCCUGUGUGUUUCUCUGUGUCGAGAUACCGGCGCUGGAGAAUGUCUCGUCCAUGCGUUAUGAAGUUUAAUCCAGGAGAGUCGUGAUUUUGGGUUAUGUGGUUUCACGUUUGAGAGGCUAGUUGCGGAAGAAGUUGAGUGUGACUCAAGGGCUCAGGGAAGUUUUCAACUCACUUGUCGACUUCAGUCCCUAUCAGCUGCGGCAAUGGCGUUCAGAAAACCACUUUUCUCAGGCAGGCAGUGGGUUGCCCUGAUGUGCGUGUUUGCUGCUGUUGGUGGAAAGAGUGUUCUCCACAGCGGUGUGCACGGCAGAGUUUUAGACGCGCUAAUUGAUGUGAAAGAGCCGAGACAUGUUUCUAUUUCAAUGCAGUAUGGAGACGAGCUUCGCCUGCUGUGCACGGGGGCGACGGCGACAAUUCCGCAGAAUUUCAAGGUCAAGUGUUGCAACGAUUUCGGAGCAAUCUGUACCCCUGGAAAAGUUGAGUCUGAGUAUCAGGGGAUGUUUCCCCUCGCAGGAAAAGAGUUUCUGUUCUGGACUGGAGGGAAUGCCAUAACCACUCCAGCCACGUUUCGCCUGCCUCCGUUGGAGAAAGGAAAUCGCUACAAAGAGCGAUUCAGCCUUGGCUGUGUAGAUGAAAAGAACCAGGUAUCAGUCAUCGAUGUCACCGUCCUUGCCUCGGACUACAAUCUCCGUGACGACUUCUCCGAGGCCAUGAGGAGGCAACGUCAGACGGAAAAAGACAGAGUCCAAGAAUCAGGCGUGGGUGCCCUUGCCUCUUUCCCCGUUGCUGUGGUCUUCUCGCUUCUCUCAUUCGUAAGCGUGUCGCAAACACUUUGACUGCGCUUUUCUAAUUUGAAGCACACGACAGCGGGGAAACGUGGUGUGUCCGUUUCUACUUUCCUUGUUUGAAGGUCAGAUUCGCAGGAGCCAUCACUCAGACAUGAGUAUAUGCUGUUUCUGGAGAGUACAUACUACGGUUGGACUCCUGGUGUAUAUCUUGAAGGCCUUCGUUUGGGGAGUUAAAGCACGAGAAAAAGUACCAAGCUAGGCAGAGACAGGGUUGCUGCUUGUGACGUUUAAUUGUGUAACUGAGGGAGAUCCUCAAAGUUUGCGGAAGAUGCGUUUUUCUGGAAUGCUCUGUCACAUUCCAGACGAACGUUUUGCGUAGUUGCGGAAACAAGCAGGUGUGAGGCCCUUUGCUAUUUUGCGGAACCAGUUCACCGAUUGGCGCAUGCUUCCGACAUGUGUCAUUUCUUUCCAAGAAUAUGUUCAGCGUUUCACAUGGCAUGAUUGCUUUCGCAGUGGUCCCGAGACGGGUUCCUUUUCUUGCUGGUUAACAACUGUGCAACAGUAUACGUGCAAGAACAGUAAAUCGUGUUGUGCGUCAAAGACGUGUACGUUGUCGUGAGGCACAUUUCGGACGUCGCAGAAAAGGAAUAUAUAUGCCGGUGUUACGGAAUCAACAAAACACAUUCGCCGAUUUCUGGAGGGCGCAAAGACCGUUUCUCCAAGGGUUUUGAAUUCCGUAACCUCUGGUGCAUUGCCCACAUCUGCCGCUCCACGGUAUACUACCGCAGGGGUGCCUCUACGAUCCGGCGGUUCACCGUCAUUCACAAAAAAUAGUCCGCAUCUGCCGGUAGGAGAUGUUAUGGUGUAUCACUGACAGGCAGACUUGGUUGCUGCUUCGGCCGGAACGUGAGCACCGUGUGUGUUUUUCUACGGUGCUACUGAUAUUUCGCUGCACUUCGUUUCCUUUCGUUCUGUAUGAGCAUUUUCGCGAGCCGGUUGCAACGUCCAGAAGGACGGAUGUUCGCGUUCUUUUGCAAAUGGCUACGAGUAUUUGUUGGACUUCUGGUUCAGAUCUUGAAGGUCUUUGUUCACCGAAUCCAAGUUCUGUUGUGCAGACACACGUCGAAAGGCAAAAACGUUUCGAGGAAUGCUCCACUUCACGCUGGAUUUGUCCAAAAUAAUAACGUACCAACACAACCUUGUGGAGAUGGGCAAUACAGCUUGGCAGUAAAUCACACGCAUAGUAAAACGACCGCUUCACGCUGCCACACACCCUAUGAAAUCCCGAAAACUGCAACAGAAGGUUCAACUGGGUGUCUCGCCUCUCUAGUACCACGGGUUCAUGCUGCUGAACAUCGUACUGCAGGAUUCUGUCAUGAAAGGAGCUUUGCGGAGGAUACAGCUAGCUGUAUACUCUGAGCGGUUUCCAGAGGACCGGCUGGGGGGGGGGCAUUUUCUAAGAAGCGUUCUCCGUCGUAGCGCGCUGUGUACAACCAUCGAGGUGAUACUGCGUAUUUUCAUAUUUCUGGGAUCUGAAAGAAAAACGUGAAUCUGCAGCGUGAGCCAUAAUGCCUGAGAUCAUAUGCACGACCCCAAGUGUGCAACUCCGGAGUUUCCAGCUGAGGUCCUAUCGCUUUGUUCCUCUGGCUGCGAUCUGUAAACACAGGGAAUAGACCAUUUCGGAUUUAUUGACCAUUUUGAUGUCCUUUUUUAACAGUCUCUUGCAACCUCGGAGGUGUGUAAACUCGGAAAAGCCCAUUAGAUACGCCAGCUACUUUUGCUAGCGAUUGCCGUGGAGAUCAGAAACGCUGGUGAAGACUCUUUCCCAGAACAAUGUGCACUGUAGAGACCACAGAAAAUUGUUUUCCCCUUGUCUCGGCGACACGUGAAAUUUACAUGUCUACGUUUGUGGCGUAUGCCAUUCUUCCCGGCAUUUGACGUAGAAGCUAGAAACAGAUGCGAAACAUUGCAUACACCCCCUGCUGCAAAUGUGUCUAUCUGAUUCUACAUGUGUACGUGAAAAUGCUUGUUGCUAUCGGCACACGAACACAAGAUGACAUGCUUCCGGUGUGGAGAGAAAUCUCGUCACGCACACCACGGAAUGCCGCUGGAAAGGA